GGGAGGAGAGCAUAGGCUACUUCCGACGUAGAGAGAGCAAGCGCACAGACGUGCUACUGCCACUGCCACACUCACACACAGCGACACUGAGGAAGGAAGCAUCCGAGCCACACAUUCACUCCUGCUGCGAUAUGAACGGGAUAUGUUCUGAUCUUCUCCGCCUCUAAUAAGGAUUAUAAAAGUGUAUCUAUUUAUUGGUUUUAUAACGAACUGUGGUGCUAUAGAAUGACAUUUUACUUUGAUUAGAUUUGUAUUCCUAAAGAACAAAUGUAGGCUGUUUUUCUUCCAUCUCAAUGAGAAUUGGGUCAUGAUCACAUCGCCCGCAUUUUCUGUCCUGAGAAAUAGUAUCGCGAUUCCGGUGUGGGAGAACAGUUAUUCAGGGGAGAAGGGCGCACCGAGAAUAAACAAUCCAUUUCUUCAUCUCGUCUCUCCCUCAAACCCUUUACGGCAGGCUAAUCGUAUACCCAUAAAGAUUUUGAAAAUGCUUACAGCACGGGGAGGACACAUUUUGCACCCGGAGUACCUUCAACCUUUGCCAUCAACUCCUAUCAGUCCCAUCGAGCUGGAUGCCAAGAAAAGUCCGUUGGCUCUCUUGGCACAGACCUGCUCACAAAUCGGCAAACCAGACCCUCCGUCCUCUUCCAAACUCUCAUCUGUAACCUCAAAUGGAUCUAGUGACAAAGAGACCAAAUCCGGACCACUAAAAAUGAGUGACAUUGGAAAUGAAGACAAAUCUAGCUUCAAACCCUACUCCAAAUCAUCGGAGAAGAACAAGGACUCCUCGUCCAGCAGUGGUAGUCUGAGUGGAGAUAAAGCUAGUUUCCGAGUGCCUAGCGCCACCUGCCAGCCGUUUACCCCCAGGACAGGCAGCCCCAGCUCCUGCCACUCUGUGUCUCCGCUGCCAUCUGAGGGUAAGCAGGGAGACAAGGAGGAAAAGAAUAAGGAAUCUGAUAGCAAUAAAAACAGUACAAUGGAGGGAAGCGGCAGUGGUAGUCACAGCCGGAUAUCUGGGAUUAACGGUGAGGCUAACCAACACCAGGAGACCACCUCUGGAUCAAAGGUUAUCACAUCAGACUCACUCACAUCUGUCUCCUCUGCAUCAUCUGUUCAACUUCUGGGUUCAGGAGGACUCGUAGCGCCAGUCUCCCCCUAUAAACCUGGGCACACCGUUUUCCCUCUACCGCCUGCUGGCAUGUCCUACCCUGGAAGUUUAGCAGGUGCAUACGCAGGCUAUCCCCAACACUUUCUCCCUCACGGAAUGACUUUAGACCCGACGAAAUCUAGCAGUCAACUACUUAGUGCUCAGUUUGCCGCUGCCAGCCAACUUCAGUGUAAUAAGGCUGGGAGCCCCUUGUCCAGGGCUUCUCCUCCGUCCCUAAUGUCUGCUAGCCUGUGUAGAGACCCGUACUGCCUGAGUUACCACUGCGCAAGCCACUUAUCCGGUGCUUCCAGUGCCUCGCAGUGCCAUGAGUCCUCGGCUCUGAAGUCAGGAUACCCUCUCAUGUACCCAACUCACCCUUUGCACAGCGUGCAUUCCUCGCCGCCAUCCUUUGCUGGACACCCGUUAUACCCCUAUGGCUUUAUGCUCCCAAAUGACCCUCUGCCACACGUCUGUAAUUGGGUAUCGGCUAACGGACCUUGCGACAAACGGUUUUCUUGCUCAGAAGAGCUCCUCAAUCACCUAAGGACUCACACUGCUUUUGCGGGGACGGAGAAGUUGAUAUCAGGAUACCCGGGUUCAUCAUCGCUAGCCAACGCCGCCGCGGCCGCCAUGGCUUGCCAUAUGCACAUGCCUCCAAAUGCGGCCCCGGGCAGCCCUGGAACGCUCACCCUCAGGAGCCCACAUCACCCUCUGGGAUUGAGCACGCGCUAUCACCCCUAUUCAAAGAGCCCCCUGCCCCCCGGCGCGUCGGUUCAGAUGCCCGCUGCCACAGGUCCAUAUUAUUCUCCCUAUGCCUUGUAUGGACAGAGACUCACCACCGCAUCGGCGUUAGGAUACCAGUAGAAGAUACAGACAGACACAUAAUAACUAUACAUUUAUAAGGAGAUUUUAGGCCUAAAUGACUUUUAUAUUGGUUGUAUUUCAUGCAGGACGGGAUCCGUGGGCUCAGUGUAUUUAUUUGCGAUAGCUCCAAGCGUGACAAAAAUAAAAAUAAUUAUAAUAUAAUUUGUAA